CCUACUUAAAUGCAAAGUUAAAAUUGAAAGUUGAAUUAUUCAUUGGUUAGUGCUUACUUACGAGGAUAUUAUGGUAUGUCUUAAAAGCCACCGCAUACCAAUCAGAUGUCCCCCUACAACGGCGAGAAUAUAGGUAGUGUAUGAGAGACAUGCUAUCACGAACAGAACAGAACUUAUCUUUAUUUCAGACUUUUUUUGGUUGGUCGGUUAGAAGAAGGGUUAGACAUCCGGUAUUUUGGAUAACUAGAGUACUUUCAGUCAGCCUUGGUCCUUUCAGACCUUUCGGCGUAAAAAAUGGCUAAGUUUUGAGUCUUCUUUCACUCACUUGAGGUUAGGAGAUGGCACAUAAGUUGUACUAACAACAAACAAUUGAUGCGUAGGACACUGAUAGUGCAAGCAAGUACAAAUUGAAACAAUUUAAAUUUUCCAAUAAAUUCUCGCUACAAUACACAGACAAUUCUCUUGACGAACUGACCUUGGCACUUCUAAACUUCCUUAUCUAUUAUUACCUGAAUCAAUAUAUUAGGUACUUACGUGAAUAUGUGCUCAAAUAUUGUUUUUAUUACUUCGGCCAACGAUUUCAAUAAUCCGUGAACCACAAAACAAUUGCCUGCUUGACCUCUACCUACGCACAGUUACUUUUCAUUGAAGGAGUUUAACCAAAAAUAGUAUUGAAAUAAACGAUGUACGAGUAGCUACGCUUGUCUCGUUAGUCCACGUUAAUUUAUUCGCGCGACCUUAUUAUGUAGUACUUAAAGAUUUGGCGCGAAGCCAUCGCAUAUAAUUAUUUCGUUUAAUUUCGUUUAGUAGGCACUUUGUGUACGAGUUUGUUUCAUUCAUAUACUUCUGCUGGACGCGAUACGAGGCUUCCUAUGCUCCCUUUGAUCGUAAUCAGUCAGUCGGAUGAUUUGUCAGGUGUUGCCGAGUCCUGGUCCUUUUGUACGUGCUGAGUACAUAAGGACGAGUUCAGUUUUAUGAUAAUAACCAUGUUUCCCUUGUCCGCAGGCUCUACUCUCCAACAUGAGGUGAACAAGAACGUUGUCAGGCGACCAGUCUCCAACCACCGAUGGACGAUGGAGUAGUUUAUACAAAUUUAUUUAUUACGAGUGUAGGAGUGUCGGUGUUCGCGACUGUUUGCUUAACAUUGCAAAUCGAUAGGCUUCCUUAUCCAUAUUUUUUUGUGCAAUGUGGAUGUGCGGGCGGCUAGCGCGACCCCGGCUGCCGCGGAUCCCUCCCGGGGCCGCGACGGCCGAGCAAGUGCAGCUCCAGCCAGGGCGACCACCGCGCGCACUCCGCGCCUCUCCUCUGUCCUACCCACAGUCACGGACACUACACUAAAGAUGGGCCAUUUCGAUUUAGGUGAGACACUGAACGGUCAGCGACUGAUCGAGUUCCGGCUGGGCGCCGAGGCGGAGUCGGAGCAGGGCGAGGGCCUGGCGGUGGCGUCGGCCGAGCUGCUGGUGCGCGCCGAGACGUCGCCGCGAGCGCGCCGCCUGCGCUACACGCUGUGGGCCUUCACGGUGAGCGGCAACGAGACGGCCGCCAUCAGCGCGCUGGCGGGCGCGGCGCGGCGCGACCCCGCGCGCGGCUGGCAGCGCCUGGACGUGACGGCGGCGGCGCGGCGCUGGGCGGCGGGCGGCGCGCGCGGCCCGCUGCGCCUGCUGCUGGACUGCAGCGGCUGCGGCGGCCGCGUGCGCCUGCGCCUGGGCGGCGGCCAGGCGGCGCGCCCGCUGCUGCGCCUGCGCCUCAAGCCGCCCGCCGCUCGCCGCCGCCGCGCGCUGGACUGCGACGCCGCCGAGCACGGCCGCUGCUGCCGCCAGACGUACUACGUGAGCUUCCGCGCGCUGGGCUGGGACGACUGGAUCGUGGCGCCCGAGGGCUACUACGCCAACUACUGCCGCGGCGCGUGCGCGCCCUUCCUCAACUACCACUCGCAGGUGGUGGAGGCGGCGCGGCUGGAGCGCGCCGAGUGCUGCGCGCCCGUGCGCUUCUCCGCGCUGUCGCUCAUCUACUUCGGCGCCGACUCCAACAUCAUCAAGCGCGACCUGCCCGAGAUGGUGGUGGAGGAGUGCGACUGCCCGUAGCGGCGCCCCUGUACAUAGCCUGCCGCUCGACGCCGCCCGCCGCUGUCCGCCGCACCCGCCGCGGCCCGCUUCCGCCGCUCUCGAAUCCGAUUUAAUCCGAAUCGAUUAUAAAUAAUAUUCUCGACUUGUGUAAUAUUUUGUUCCUCGCGUUCGAAAGACUAUAUCCUAAAUCGAAUAAAUAAAUAAAUCUCGGUCUACCGGGGGUGGUGCGGCGAGGCGCCCGCGCCCGGACUGUGGGCUCGCCCCGACCUGGUCUCCAGCUCGCGGAGCGGGGCCGCGCGGCGCGACCUGCGCUCCUCGCCUCGCGCGCCCUCUGUAGACACCCUAAAUAAUUUAAUACUACGCCGUUUUCUUUCACCCCGUUUGGUGAUCGCUUGUAAUUAUUGUAAACUGUAUUAUAAUAAUUAUUAUAAUUAUAAUUAUAAUAAAUCAACUUUUUCAUAAUUAU